GCUCGGCGCGGGUGCAUAUGGUGAAGCUGAAUUCGUCUUCGCUUCCAUCAAAGUCAUUACCAUCACUGCUCUGAUCCUUCUCGGUAUCAUCAUUGACCUAGGUGGAGGUCCAAAUCAUGACCGCAUUGGUUUCCGUUACUGGAAACACCCUGGUCCCUUUGCCCAGUUUCACAAGAUCCCUGGAGUCAAGGGUCGCUUUCUGGGCUGGUGGUCCGUUAUGACGCAAGCAGGCUUCUCAUACAUCGGAACCGAAAUCGUCGCGAUCGCAGCCGGAGAAGCCAAAAACCCUCGUCGUAACAUCCCACGAGCCAUCAAACGGGUUUACAUUCGUAUCCUUUUGUUCUACAUCGGUGGAACUUUUGUGAUUGGAUGGCUUGUUCCUUUUACCGAUAAGAGGCUUGGUCUCACAUCGGAUGCGGCUUCGUCCCCCUUCGUCAUUGCCAUUUCGAACGCUGGGAUCAAGGGUUUACCAAGCGUGAUCAACGCAGCACUCCUCACGUCCGCUUGGUCAGCUGCUUCUUCCGACUUGUACACCUCUUCGAGAGCUCUGUACGGACUGGCCAUUUCUGGAAAUGCACCUCGUAUCUUUGCACGAACAAGUCGGCGAGGCUUACCUUACGUCUCCGUCAUCUUCUGUGCUUUAUUCUGUACACUUGCUUUCAUGGGUACACAGAAAGGGGCGGGUAAAGUCUUUGGUUGGUUCGCGAACAUGACGGCCGUCGCGGGUCUCAUGACUUGGUUCGGUAUCUGUCUCACCUAUAUCCGAUUCUACGCUGGCCUCAGAGCCCAAGGAUUCGAUCGUUCCAAAUUACCCUUCUCAUCCGGUUUACAACCUUUCGCAGCAUGGUACGGGAUGGUUUGGACUUUGCUGGUUUGCUUCUUCUCCGGUUGGAGCGUGUUCUUGAAGGGUAACUGGUCGACGGCUAAUUUCGUUACGAAUUAUCUGCCGUUGGCGCUUUUCCCGUUGAUGUAUUUGAUUGGGAGGUUCGUGAUGUAUCAGACGCCGGUGGUUUCUCCGGAGAACAUGGAUUUUGUGAGCGGGAUUGCGCAGAUUGAGGCGGAUUCUUACGACGAGCCACCUCCGGACAAUUUCUGGGGGAAGUUCUGGGCUUGGUUGAUGUAGAUGA